AUGGAGAACAGAGAAUCUGAUGGUAACCAGACUUAUAGCCAUCAUUGUCUAACAGAAUAGACCGGACAGAAUAGACCGGAAACCAUCCAAUGCUUUUUCGUGUUUUGAGAGUCAUCGUAUCAUAUCGAUUUAAGUAUUAUACUACAGUGUUGGACGGUGUUGCCGUUUCCGCAUCGAAAAUUAUUUAUUGAAUUGAAUCCGGUAACACUUUAUUACGAAUAAACAUACAUAUGUACAUACAAUAAUCGUAAUAAAUAAAUGCGAAUUUAGUAGACAUUAUUUAUGAAGCUCUAUCAUCGCGUAGUAUGAUUUUUCACAAAAGUUUUGCAUUGUUUUUUAAUGGAUCUCUACGAAUUUUUUCUAUAUAUUAUUCCGAAUAAAAAAUAAUUAGAGCAUAAUAUCAAAAACAAAUUAAUAUUUCUUGAAAUGCUUUAAAUUUUAUACAGAAUGCGGCUUUUACAUGAAAGCAUAAUUCAUUAUUAAUAAGUUUAUAAAUUUAUAAAUUUCCUUUUUAAUCCUAUGAUGUUUUAAUUUGUCAUUUAUUUCUUUUAGACUGGCAAGAUGAAUAUUUAAAUUUAGAUGCAGUGAAAAACAGGAAAAAUUUAAUUUAUGCACUUUCCACUAGUGGAGGUAAAACAUUGGUUGCAGAAAUAUUAAUGUUUCAAGAACUUAAGAAACGAAAUGCAAUAUUUGUAUUGCUAUUCGUUGCUACAGUGAAAGAAAAAAUAAGUACAGUUCGAGCAAUGACACCAUUCGCACUUAAAUUAAAUUUUUUAAUCGAAGAAUAUGCAGCAUCAAAAGGAACUUGUUCAGACGCGGAUUCGCGGAUACGAAGGUCGUCUCCGUUCGGUUCGCUUUCUUUACGAACAGUUAUAGAAAGCAUUAGGUUUAAUAAAUUUAAUUUAAUAGCAGAAAAUCGUUUGAACGAAAUUGGUAUUCUAGUUGUUGAUGAUUUACAUCUUCUUGGAGAAAGUGGAGGCAGAGGAGCUACAUUGGGAUAUUCAAACGACGUGGCAAUGAUUGAUCUUGAUCGGAGGUUUGGUAAUAGAUGUAAUUUCAGAAAAUUCAUGUUUCAUAUUUUAGUCGAGUCGGGAAAACUAUUUUAUUAAUUCUGCAUGUAAUGAUUUUUGAUCAUUCGAAGAUUACAAAAAAGUUGAAAAAAGAAAAUUUAUUAAAUGCACUUAAAAGCAAAGAAGGCCUUUGUCCUAUCUUACACAAAACCAUAAAAAUAGAUAUGGCUUAUCAUCACUCUGGCCUUACAUCUGAAGAAAGACGAUUAUUGGAAGAUGCUUUUAAAGCAGGUACUCCGUAUGUAAUACGUUGUACAUCAAUAUUAGCAACUGGAAUAAAUUUACCAGACAGGAGGGUACUUUAUUCAUUAUUUGUUUUUCAAGUAGUAGUUAA